CACUGGUAUCUAUCUAUCGAAAUUGCAUAUAAGUGGGGUUCUCACUUCUCAGAUAAACAUCCGGUGCGCAUGCUCAGAAAGGUUCACACUGACACGCGCGCGCAAGUGUCUCAUGGAUUUUAGAGACUGAAUUUCUUGCUGUCAUUCCUGGUCUGUGUUCGUCCCGUAUCGAUGGGUUAAAUUCUAGUGCGGAGUCCAUGCAUUCCGUUUUUUGCAUUUUAAAAGCUUUAUUUUUACAAACGCGUAAACGAAAAAAUAAUGAAACAUUUCGACGAGUGUGGAUUACUAGCUCAAUGCUCAACGUCAGACAGGACAAAAUAGUGCCGACCGUCGUCAAAGAGGAGCUACAUUUGAUGACAGGAAAUCUACAGAUUCACAAUUUGUAGUCCAAUUAGGUAGUACAUUUCAAUCAUUGACAGUACUUGGAUCACAGUGUACAAAGGUGAAUGUAGGCAUUUGUUUGCGUGUUGAAUAUGUCAGCUUGUUUAACAGUUUGUUAUUUUAAUAAAAAUGUCCUCUCAACCCAUAGUAAUGGUUAACACUGUCCAUGGCUUAGGAUAUACUGGCUAGUGCAGUCAUUGGGUUCUUUGUGUAAUACUAUCCAGCCUUCAGCUGUUAGGCUUCAGGAUCAAAGUUCAUUUGGCAUUUUAUUUCUUAUGAGAUAGUUUAGCUUGUACAAAGUUUGCAGCAUCAGUAGAGUCAAACAUAAAAUAUGGUGGAAGAAAGUACAUGCAGUGAAAGCACCCAGGAUGGUGAGGAGCCGAGGUGCGACAGAAACGGACAAGCUGUGGAAGAUGUUGCCCCAGACCCGGUCAUUCUUGAAACCAAGGAGGACCCGGAAGCCCAAAAGCCGAAGUCCGGGGCCUGGAUAUGGUCUGUCGUUUAUCUCUGUUUCUAUGGUUUCAUGGUUCAGCUAAAGCCUGGGGAGCCUUUUAUCACGCCGUACCUGCUCAGUCCAGAGAAGAACUUCACCAGAGCACAGGUUACCAAUGAAAUCAAUCCUGUACUCUCCUAUUCCUAUAUGGCAGUGCUUGUGCCGGUGUUUCUGCUGACCGAUUACCUGCGCUACAAACCUGUGCUGGUCCUUCAGAGCUUGAGUCAUGUUUCCAUCUGGCUCUUGCUGCUUCUGGGCACAUCAUUGCUAGAAAUGCAGCUUAUGGAGUUCUUUUACGGCAUCACCAUGGCCGCCCGUGUGGCCUACUCUUCAUAUAUCUUCUCUCUGGUGCCAGCGACCGUUUACCAACGUGUGGCCAGCUACUCGCGCACCUCCGUGCUCAUGGGGGUCUUCACCAGCUCUGUGCUGGGUCAGUUGUGUGUGUCAGUGGGUGGUGUGUCAUACAUGACACUCAGCACAGUAUCUCUGGGGUUUGUAACUUUUGGACUGCUGUCGUCCUUUUGCCUGCCGUGGCCUAAGCAUAGCAUGUUUUUUAACAAAACACGCAUGGAGGCGGAGAGGAAGGAUGCGGCUCAGUCGGAAUUGGCCAAGAUGAAACCUUGCGAGAAGGAUGACGUUGUGUCCUGGAGGACUUCAGUAUUUGUUGGGAUGGUGAAAGAGUUAAAGAAUGUGGUGAAAAUACCUAAUUUAAGGCUUUGGAGUUUGUGGUGGGUGUUCAACUCCGCUGGUUACUAUUUAGUUCUGUUUUAUGUGCACAUCUUGUGGAAUAAAGUUUUGCCUGCCACAGAGAACAAGCAUGUCUACAAUGGAGCUGUUGAAGCUGCCUCUACAUUAUUAGGUGCGAUGACAUCCUUUGCAGCGGGUUAUGUAAAAAUUCGCUGGAAUCUUUGGUCUGAGCUGGUGAUUGGAUUGAUCACUGCAGCUCAGGCCGGUCUACUGCUGCUUAUGGGCACCACUAAUGAUAUCUGGGUUUGCUAUGUGGCAUACGCCCUGUUUAAAGGCUUCUACCAGUUCUUGGUUCCAAUCGCCAUUUUCCAGAUUGCAUCCUCUCUCACUAAAGAAUUGUGUGCUUUAGUGUUUGGAGUUAACACUUUCCUUGGGACAAUCCUGAAGACGAUCAUCACCAUCAUUGUAGCGGAUAAGAGAGGAUUGGCUUUAAAUGUUCACUCUCAGUUUUUGAUUUAUUUCUUUUACUUUGCCUUGCUGACUGUGAUUUAUCUGAGCUGUAGUGCUUGGAUCAUCAUGCGUCAUUACAGAAGUGAGAGAGCAGCGGAGGGACGCAAAGAAGCGGCUCUAACUGCAGAACUCGGUCCUAUCGCAACAGCUGCUGGCGAGGAACAUAAUGGAACCAGAAUAAAGGCUUGAGGUUUUAAAAAACUCCACAGGUGGAGUUCAUCCAACUUUUACAUUUUGGAAAAUCAAAACUUCUUUAUUGAGAUUGAAUAGUCUUGGUUUUAUUGUUAAGUUCGUCUUAAUGUUAUAGGAAUAUCUCGUUUUUACAAAAAGUAAAUCUAUUGACAUCGAUACAGCUAGCCAGUAGGAAGGUAUGUACAGUGGAAAAUUUUAGACCGAGUUCUGAUCUGCUAUAGAUGUUUAAAGUUAAGGUGUAGCAGAAUACAGAUAUGAAGUAAAAUUCAUGUUUGCGUCAAGACAAAUACAGUAUUUCUGUUGGGUCUUUAGAAGAAUCACCAGCAUUUGAGGAUUCAAAUGUCAGUUCUGCUUUGAAUAAAGCCAUAAAUAUAUUAAUAAACUAGAAUAAUAAUACAAUUACAGUAUUAUAUAGGGUAAACUUGCUUAUGCAAUUACAAAUUAAAAGUGAUUUUGUAUUGCAUUAAAAUACCACUUUCCGUUUUUUCUCUGUGCUACAGAGACCGUAUAUUAGAGGUACUGCAAUACGUGGAAAGUUUGUUUGUUCUCUCUUGAGAAUCAUUAUGAGAUUUAGUUUUAUUUUGAUAUGACAUUCCUAAGUGAAUUUCAGAUUAACACCGUAUCUACACCUGACGUGAGCGUCGUUGUUAUAAUCAUUAAAGCUGUCCACUCUGGAUGCCAGUCGUGAUAAUGCCUUAGUGGGUUUUUUUUUUUGGACAUUGCGCCUCGCGCAUCUGGUGUAGACACGCUGUAAGUGUUCAAAUGUUAUUUGGCCUUAAAAUGUUUAGUGCCUUUGAUGAACCAAAAACACAAUGAAUUACUUUUGCUGCUCACAAAAUGUUGCAUUUUUAUUCAUUUACACUACUUUUAGUGUUGAUACUCCAGAUGUUUUCAUUUUGGCUUUGCAAGAAUCAUAUUGUUUAGACACUUCUAUUCAACCCAUUCAAUACUAAUAACCAUUGAACAUAUGUCUUGAACACUGUUGAAAGUACUAACAUUACCAGUUACGAAAAAUGGAAUGUAUCAAACAAGGACCAGUAGUCCAUCAUUGAUUUAGAUUGCCUUAACCAUAAAAACACACCAAACUCUCAGACAUGCUUAUGUACUACAUGUUCUCAUUUGUAUGUAUGAUUAUACAAUAAAUUUUGAUUUUAUUGUAAGAAA